CUUGUAGCUCCCUAUUUCAAUGGGCGGUGCAGAGGGUCGAUGUCUGUAUAUUGACACUGAAGGUACCUUUCGACCAGAACGGAUCCUUGCUACAGCAGACAGGCAAGCAUAACAAUAUUCAUAUCAUGUUUACAUAAUUGCUUGAUCACAAAUUUAUAUUGUACUUUACUGCUACAGAUUUGGUCUUGACGGUGAAGAUGUUUUAAAUAACAUUGCUUAUGCAAGAGCUUACAACUCAGACCACCAAACUCAUCUGCUAAUCCAAGCUUCUGCAAUGAUGUCCCAGGCCAGAUUCUCACUGAUGAUCGUCGACAGCUUGAUAUCUCUUUAUCGCACCGAAUAUUCCGGUCGAGGUGAACUCAGUGCACGUCAGAUGCACCUUGCUCGAUUUAUCCGAGGACUUCAAAGACUAGCUGAUGAGGUAAUUAGCCAGCCAAAAAUAAAUAAAUAAAUAAAUAAUCAAAGCCAAUGAUUCACACAAACAACUAGUUUGGAGUUGCUGUGAUCAUGACAAAUCAUGUGGUAGCACAGGUAGAUGGAGGUCAGUCGAUGUUCAACCCAGAUCCAAAAAAACCUACAGGUGGUCACAUCGUAGCCCAUUCAGCCUGCACAAGGUAAGCACCCACUCAAACUCAAAUAUUUAUGAAUUUCUUUAUCAUUCUCUGCGUACUGUAUGUAUCCUUUAUAUCUAUGCUUCUUUAGAUUGUAUCUACGAAAAGGUAGAGGCGAAAACAGAGUAUGUAAAGUGUACGAUUCUCCAUCUCUUCCUGAAACCGAAGCUCUAUUUUCAAUUAAAGAAAAUGGAAUUGGAGAUCCAUCAGAUUAAUCAUUUUUACGAG